GUUUCCGGCUGAGAGUCCUUCUAGCCGGGCCGGUGAGUCCGCGGAUGGAAGUCUGUGUGGCGCAGAGGUGGGGCAGGCUGUUUGGCUAGAUUACUGAAUAAUAAAAUACAGUUUUGAAAAAAUGGAUGAAGAACCUGAAAGAACUAAGCGAUGGGAAGGAGGCUAUGAAAGAACAUGGGAGAUUCUUAAAGAAGAUGAAUCUGGAUCACUUAAAGCUACAAUAGAAGACAUUCUAUUCAAGGCAAAGAGAAAAAGAGUAUUUGAGCACCAUGGACAAGUUCGACUUGGAAUGAUGCGCCACCUUUAUGUGGUAGUAGAUGGAUCAAGAACAAUGGAAGACCAAGAUUUAAAGCCUAAUAGACUGACGUGUACUUUAAAGUUGUUGGAAUACUUUGUAGAGGAAUAUUUUGAUCAAAAUCCUAUUAGUCAGAUUGGAAUAAUUGUGACUAAGAGUAAAAGAGCUGAAAAAUUGACUGAACUCUCAGAAAGCUUGGAUAUGACCCUGUCCAAUGGAGAAGCCGGUCUCCUUUAUAAUUCCCUAAGCAUGGCUAUGCAAACUCUAAGACACAUGCCUGGACAUACAAGUCGAGAAGUACUAAUCAUCUUUAGCAGCCUUACAACUUGUGAUCCAUCUAAUAUUUAUGAUCUAAUCAAGACCCUAAAGGCAGCUAAAAUUAGAGUAUCUGUUAUUGGAUUGUCUGCAGAGGUUCGCGUUUGCACUGUACUUUUGGAAACUAGUUUAUCACUUUUCUUCUUUUCACUACAGGUUUAUGUUUGUGCUGUGUGCCAAAAUGUUUUCUGUGUGGACUGUGAUGUUUUUGUUCAUGAUUCUCUACACUGUUGCCCUGGCUGUAUUCAUAAGAUUCCAGCUCCUUCAGGUGUUUGAUUCCAGCAUGUACUAUACAUUGUAUGUGUUGAAAAGAUAUUUGUAACUGUGAAUAAAAUGACUUAUUUAGAAGAAGCUUCAUUUAAAACAUGAAAGGAUAAUCUGACUUAAGAAACUUUUUGCUAAGAAAAGGUAUUAUUUUAUUAAAUUUUACAUUUGUGUUCUGUCACAGAAAUACCUGAAAUUCAGUAGUACUUCAUUCAAUUAAUUUUGUUUUCUAUUAUUUUGAGUUAUACUGUUUUCAAAGUCAUUAUGCAGUAUGUUAUAACAUUAUGAUAUAUAAUAAUUAAAUUGAAUUGAUAAAUUGUAUUUAUUUUUUAUAAUAAAUACAGAUAUGAUUUAUG